AUGUCAUAUGUAUCAGGUUCCCAAACAAAUUGGGAUGUAAUACAGUUAGAUUCAUUCACAGGAUGGAUCAAUAGCCAUUUGCAAGAGAGAUCAUUGGCCGUGCAUAAUUUGUCGACAGACUUCUCGGAUGGAGUGUUGCUGAUCAACUUGCUCGAGAUUAUCUCGGGAAAGAAGGUGGUGCGUUAUGUGCGCCAUCCAAAGUUCUUGCAGCACAAGAUCGAUAACAUAGUGAUUGCACUCGGCUUCAUGGAGAAGGUGUUUGGCAUCAAGGUGGUGGGCAUCAACGCCAAGGACAUUGUCGACGGCAACUUGAAACAGAUCAUGGGUAUCAGCUUCCUGUUGAUCCAAAAGAUUCGCUCCAACGCCCUCCUGGCCAGCCAGGCCGAGGCCGAGGCGGACGCGUCGUCCACAGCCUCCACCACCUCUCAGCUGCCACACCAGCAACAGCCAUCGUUGGCCAUCUUUGCCAACAAGUCCACGAGCGUCACAACCAACAACGACGACGUGUCGUACAUGUCGCGCUACUCACUCGCGCCCACCACCACCCUCCAGCCACUCACUGCCACUGGCGCCACAAGCCAGCGCGAGGCAAUCAAACAGUCAAAGUCAAUGAGCGAGAUGGUGUCGUCGCCAGACGUGCGUGUGGACCGCGGCAUCAUCAGGAAGAUCAAGAGCGGCAGCUUGAUGAUCCCCAUGGGCACAUUCGAGUUUGCCGGCCACGUGUACAGCGUCCGUCUGCUGGUCAAGGCGCAGGCCGUGAUCAGGGGAUGGCUGUGCCGUCUGCGCUGGCGCGAGCUCAUCACCAAGUACCGUCUGCGUCUGCGCGACUACGAGGCGCACUUUACCACCAACGCCAAGGCCUAUCGCGGUCUGACCAAGGUGCAGGCGCGCACCAAGGGUCGCAUGGAGCGCAAGCGCCUGUUCAAGCAGUAUCCACUGUUCCGUCGCAACGAGAUCAUCAAGGAGAUCCUGGCCACGGAGAAGAAGUACGUGCAUUGUCUGUCGGUGCUUAUCGAGUGCUACUUGCACGAGUGUGAGAAGCUGUUGACACAGCAGCAGGUGCGCCAGAUCUUCUCGCAGGUGUCCGUCGUGUACAACGUCAACGUCAAGCUGCUGGGCAAGAUGGAGAACCGUUUCAGCAGUGGCAAGGAGACCACCAUGGGCAUGAUCUUUAGCGAGAUGACCGAGUACUUCAAGGUCUACACCAUCUACGUCAACAACUACAACGCGGCAAUCACCUGCAUCACCGAGUGUCGUGCACAGAACGAGAAGUUUGUCAAGUUGCUCGAGACCAACCGUGCCUCUGAGAAGUGCAUGGGUCUGGACCUUGCCUCAUUGCUCAUCAUGCCAAUCCAAAGGAUUCCCAGAUAUGUUAUGCUGCUACAGGACUUGGUCAAGUUCACUAAUGAGUCGCAUGCUGACUAUGAGAACUUGUCAGUCGCACUCAAGAAGAUGAAGGACGUGGCCGAGUACGUCAAUGAGAAGAAGAGAGAGGCUGAGAACCUGAUACAAGUGCUCAAGAUCCAGAACAACUUGGUCGGUAUGACUGAGAACCUUGCUGAGCCACAUCGUAGAUACGUGAGGAAGGGACCACUCACAUGCCUGGACGAGAAGGGUAACUCCAAGAUCUACUUCUUCUUCCUCUUCAACGACUUGUUGAUCAAGACAGAGAACAAGAGUCUUGCAAAGUCAUUGAAGGAGACAAAGAAUCAGAGGAAUACACAGACGAUUGAGGAGGGCAAGUUUAAGUUUGUGCUGUCUUACAAGUUGGGACGCGCGUCGCUUAUAGACCUGGGCGACUCCCCAUUGCCAUUCUCAUUUAGAUUGGUUGACAUUGAAGUGAACGGCGGCGAGAACUCCACUGGUAUCAUGACCACCUCUAUUACAUUGUCGGCCAGCACACUGACCGAGAAGAUGAUCUGGGUCAGCGACAUUGACGAGUCGAUCUCGCAGCUGCUCGAGAAGCAGCGCAGCAAGCUACGCUCCCUCGUCACUGACUACGAGGAGCUCACAUCGUUGCCUUUUGAGGGCGCCGUCACCGAGCCCGAGAAGGCGGGCGUCAUCCGCAAGCAGUUCAAUGAGAUGGAGUGGAAGUCCAAGCAGUUCUAUCUCAAGCAGUGCGCACUCUACUACCAUGACAUUGACGAGCCCAAGAAGAUGAAGUGCAUCAACCUGUUGCUGUCGUCGGUCAAGCUGGUGCAGCAGGCCGUCGACCACCCACAUUGCUUCCAACUGAUGACACCACAGCGCAUCUACCUGUUCUCCUGCGAGGACCUGGUCACCGUGUUGCACUGGAUCUCGCUGAUCCGUCGCUCGAUCGGCAAGCGUCUCGAGUCGCUCGACCUCCAGCACCAGCUGGCCGCCGCCCAAGCCAAGACACAAGAGUCUGCGCUAAACUGCGCCGACUGUGGCGCCACUGAGGUGUCGUGGGUCUCGACGACAUACGGUGUCGCACUCUGUGUCGACUGCUCGUCCAUCCACAAACGCUUCCCCAAUGGAGUGUCCCAGCUCAAGUCGCUGCGCGGAUUGUCCUCCUCGCUCACAGACGGCGUGGCCGACAUCCUCAAGUCGAUCGACAACAACAAGGCCAACCAAAAGUAUGAGAAGAAUGUACCAUCUCACUUGCUGCGUCCAUCGUCAAGGGACUCGUAUGAGCUGCGCAAGACAUGGAUCAUGUCCAAGUAUCUGCAGAUCAUGCCAAGCGAUGUUGUCCCAACCUCCGAGCCAUCGUCCGCACUUGUCGACGCGCCAGCCGUUCAGGACAAGCAGGCAGAGGUAGUUGCUGACGUCCAAAAGGUUGAGCCAGUGCCAACAACAGUUGACAUAGUCGUCAGUGCUGACGAAGCACAUGCCUCAGCCCUGCAGCAAGACCAACAGCAGCAACAAUCAGACAAACAAGCACAGACACAGCAAUCACAGACACAGCAAGAUACCACUACAUCAACAACAACAACAAUGUCAGCUGAUGGCGAGAUGAUGGAUGCCAAUGGAUCGACAUGGAAGCUUGGCUCUCAUGUGCCACCACCUUAUGAGCGCAAGAAGUCAGUGUUCCUCGACAAGCCAAGGAAGGAGAUCAGACGCGAGAUGGACGGCUACCUCAUGAAGGCUGGCAGCUCAUCAAAGUCACCCAACUGGAAGAGAUACAUCUUCUUCUACAAAGAUGGUGUAUUGAACUAUUAUAAGAGCGAGAAGAAGAUGAAGAAGCCAAGAGCAACGAUCGAUUUGAGGAUGUUCUAUUCACUCAUUGUCGAACCCAAGCCAAAGCAACCAUUCGCCUUCACACUGGUGACCAACUCCAGAUUGUAUACAUUCGCCGCCGAGAAGAAGGAGGACUUGGAAGCAUGGGUCGAGGUGCUGUCAGUCGGCUCCAAGAACAUGAAUGUCGUCUCCAACAAGUAG